AUAAAAAAUAUAAUUCAGCCAACCAUACAUGACUAUUCAAUGUCACAAAGUUUCAUUUUGUACGAGAAUUUUAUUCGACGAAAAACUUUAUAUUUCAUUUAAAAAUGAGGAAUUUAUCUAACAGCAGCAACGACUUUGAAAAAAAUCGUCUGGAAAGGGGAGAAUGGAGCAAAAAAGUGGAAUAUAUUUUGUCAAUGGUGGGAUAUCUUGUUGGAUUAGGAAAUCUGUGGCGUUUUCCGUACAUUUGCAUGAGAAACGGAGGAGGAGCAUUUUUAAUUCCGUUUCUGUUUUUCUUGAUUCUUUGUGGACUACCAUUAUUGUUCCUGGAGACCACAAUUGGACAGUUCAGUGGCAAAGGGUUUCUUCAUGUUUGGGAAGUAUGUCCUCUAUUCAAAGGAAUAGGUGUUGGUAUGAUGAUUCCUAUAUUUGUAUUUAGUAUCUAUUACAACAUGAUCAUUGCAUGGACUUUGUAUUACAUCGGGAACUCUUUUCUGAAUCCGUUACCAUGGACAACUUGUGACAACUACUGGAAUAGUCCUAAUUGUGUAGUGGAUCACGGGUUCUUGAAGAAUAUUUAUAACAUAACGGGGCACAGUAUGAACAUUAGUUUACAGGUUUAUGAAGAUACCACAAACAUGGAGUUUAUAGCGAAUAACAGUUCCGAAUGGAUUACUGCACAGGAAGACUUUUGGCAAAACAAUGUACUGCAAAUGUCAUCAGGUUUAGAAGACUUAGGUAAUUUGAACUGGCGUUUAUUGUUGUGCUUGCUUGGUGCAUGGGUUAUUGUAGGACUAUGCAUAAUAAAAGGGAUCAAAUCAAUAGGAAAGGUUGUGUACGUAACAGCAUUAUUACCGUAUAUUUUACUGACAGUUAUAUUCAUCAGAGGAUUGACACUUGAUGGUUCUCUUUACGGAGUUAUGACAUAUCUGAAUCCAGAUUUUAGUAAACUUUUAGAAAUUAGUAUUUGGAUUGAAGCUGGCUUACAAGUGUUUUUUUCGUUAGGAACUGGGACUGGUCUCCUUAUUUCUCUCGCUAGUUUCAAUAAAUUUGACAACAACUGUUUAAGGUAA